GUAAGAUUUGGGAAUGUCGAGACAAUGACAAAAUAAAACUUGGACCGGAGCGAUACUGGGGACAGAAGGGUUAACCGAGCAGGGGCUGUGUUUGCACAGACCAGUUUGGAAUUCUCACCAGCACGGAGCUGCUGGGAGGCGGUGAUCUCAGCGAGGUGAAUUUGGACGAUUAAAAGAUUCGACAGGUUGCCACUGCGCGGGUCUGAGUAUCUGGGCCGGUUUUAGCCGCUGAAAGCAUGAUCGGAUUACGGUUGCUCCUCAUGUUCUUGGCCGAAGGUCUCUCCCAGAUCACAUACUCCGGGAAAGAAUAUCACUUGAUCGAGGAGCCGAGGAGCUGGUCCGAGGCCUGGGAUUAUUGCCGCAGUGAGUAUACCGAUCUGGCCAGUGUGCUGAGCCCAGCAGAAGGAACAGUCCUUGCUUACCUGCCAGUGCCGGAGGAAGGCACCUGGAUCGGCCUGUACAAUGACCAGCAGUUCCCCGACGGCUGGAAGUGGACCACGGGAGAGCAAUUCGGCUACUCCAACUGGGCGGACUCUUACCCCGGGGAAUUCAGCAGCAGCUCCCCCAUCUGCGUUUACCUGAGGCAGGGCCAGUGGUUCGACCUGGAGUGCAGCGUCCCGUUGGCCUCCAUCUGUUACACAGACCUGAAAAAGCCUGGGUAUGCCAUUCUUAAGGAGAGCAAAGAGUCCUCUGAAGCAAGCAGCCAGAAGAUGGCAAAUGCAUUUGAUGUCAUAAAUAAAAGGCACUUUAAACAAACUCGGUUCCAGCCCAUCGUCAGCGAGGACAGGGUCUACUUCCUCAUCGAGGAUGAGAAGAGCUGGACCAAGGCCUGGAACCACUGCCGGAGCCAGUACACCAACCUGGUGAGCGUGAGGAACGCCGAGGAUGCCAGGUUCAUCGCCUCGCUGCCUCACGAGCCCCAGUGGAUCGGGCUGUACAACGACGGGCUGUCCGGAUGGAUGUGGUCCAACGGAGACAAGAUCGGCUACACCAAGUGGGCGCUCUGGCACCCCUACAGCUUCAACAGCACCCUGCCCAUGUGCGGCGCCAUGCUGGACGGUGAAUGGCACGAAGCCGACUGCGAUUUCCCAUUUGCCUUCAUCUGCUACAAAGACCUGAAAGCACAGUCGGAAGCCAGGCCCGGAAAAGUGAGACAUCCCUCGAAACUGAGACAGCCCGGCGGCGGUGAAGUGCUGUCCGUGCCCAAGAAGGUGGCCGACAAUGGCGCCGCCGUUAAUGUAGGAGCCAGCUCCAACAGGAUAUACCACAAGAUCCACCUGGAGAAGACCUGGUCAGAUGCCCGAGACUACUGCAUGCUCCAUCACACAGGGCUGCUGAGCAUUCGCAACAAACAGGAGAACACGGUCGUCAGCAGGCUCUACGAGGAGAUCAAGCUGGGCUGGUGCGGCCUGUACAACGACCAGAGGACCAACAGCGGCUGGAAGUGGGCAAACGACGACCCGGUUGGCUACACCAACUGGAAGCCGGGGAACCCUUACCGCUACAACAUCAUGGCCCCCGUCUGCGUCUACAUCCAGGAGGGCAGGUGGAGUGACGCCCCCUGUCGCUUCCUGUUCCCCUUCGUGUGCUACACGGAGAUUUUUGAAGACCCCUCAGAGAUAGUCACCGAGAAACCGGUUGUCAUUGGUGGUAACUGGAAACAGCCACACAAGGGCUCGGAAAAGGACUCGGCCGCAGACGGCGCCCAGGACCUGCACCAGCCCAAGCGGAACUACAUCCUCGUCAACAAAGAGAAGACGUGGAACGAGGCGCAGGAGUAUUGUCGGGCCCAGCACAUGGACCUGGUCAGCGUGCAGCACAUGAUGGAGAACAGCAAAGUGGCCAAGCUGCUGAAGGUAGACCUGGCUGCGUGGAUCGGUCUGUUCAACCAACACCAGUCUGAGUACGGCUGGAUGUGGACCAACGGGGAGCCUGCCACCUUCUUCCAUUGGGACCCCUUCUACCCCAUGGAGUUCACCACCAUGGCCGUCUGCGUUAUCUUAGUCAACGAACACUGGAAGGACGUGCCCUGCGAUUACAAGUUCGCUUUCAUAUGUUACUCCGAAGAUACCCUAGCCAGCACGCCCUCAAGUGGCUGAAUGAGCUGAGUCAGCUGGGACCGUCCUCGGAAACCACCCUCCUGCGUUUUGAGAAGAGAUCUGCGGCCGGCUCUCCGACCCCAGCGCGCCAACCCGGGCCCUCCUCGGCCACCUCAACUCGCCCUCGACAAUUCCGAAGCGGGACUCACGCCGGUGGAGUCGGAUUCCCGCGGCUUUUGCAGCUGGGGUUCGUGGUCAAACGAUGGGUGAGGUCAACCCUCUGGCAGCAUUUCCGCUUUUACGGAGAGUUAGGCUGGAGCAGGAACAGGCCAUCUAGUCGGUGCUGGUCUUUUCCCCUCACGGGAACCUCCCCUUCCUCAUCGAUUGACUGCCCCUCUUCACCCUGGAGAAGGUUGCGACUGCAGACUCGUUCUCAUUACGUCCCCGGGUUGCUGUUGGCUGUGGGACUUCCAGCAGCUUACCCCACAUCUUUUUAAUUCUCUCUCCCUGUCGGGCACUGACCCAUCUUCCCCAUUGCUGUCUGGUAUCAUUCGGAGAGUCUCACAGCGCAGAAGUGGCCCUUCGGCCUAUUUGGUCUGCGCCAAACCACCUGCACUAGGCCGCCCCAUCCCAGCACUUGGCCCGUGGCCUUGAAUGUUAUGACAUGUUUGAGCGCUCGUCCGCGUUGUUUAUGAGGGCAUCUCAAUCUCUCUGCCAUUCCCUACGUUCAGCGGGCGGAGAGGGGAGGGGGCGAGGAGUGCUUUUCGAUUCUCACCUCAGAGGUAACAGUGACGAUCCUGUGGGCCCUGCUUCAAGUCUCUUGCAAGUGAAGCGUUUUCUCUGCAUUCCAUCCCAUUGAACCUCCCCCCCACACCCGUCGAUUUUGCUUUGAAGCUGCCCAUUAGGACAUCCCUCACUCCUCCCUGGGUUGGAGAGUGGAAGCCUGGCCAUUCUCUCUUGCCAUGGUGUCAUCCUUCCAACCCAUUUUUUUUUGUCUCCUCUCCAGUGCAUUACACUUUGUACUGCGGGGUUUAGAACCAACACCACAUAGUGUGUCAGUGAUUAGCACCGCUGCCUCACUGCGCCAGGGACCUGGGUUCGAUUCCAGC